CUCCAGCCAAUCCUCUUCUUCUAUCUCAUCGCUGGCGAGUCUUUUGGGUCUCUUGUGCCCUGCCCUUUCUACACUGACACACACUCUCUCACGCCUUGUCGACCUUUUCUUACCUCGAUCUUAUUGUCGACUCCUUCAUUGCAUCUGGCUCAGAGCCUUGUCCACCUUCCGUAUGUGAGGUAUUGCAGUCUCAAGUGCUGCUACAGCACUUCCACGCCGGUCGUGCACGACAUAGACGAGGCUACCCGCAUCCACUCGUUCCUCUCCCUCGGUCACGCCCGAAUUUCGCGAUCAAUCAUCAUCGUCGGCUGAGAAUCUUCUUUGCACGAUUGCCCGGUUCUCUUGCAUCGAUUUGAUUGUUGCCUAGGCUGCAUGGUUGUACAAUAGAGACAUAUCAAUACUUGCAAUUGGAUUCAUCAGACCUCUCAGUACGGCGCAGUCAUGGUCGUUCCACCUUCAACUGGUGGUGUCGCACCUGCGACUGCGACUGCGAAAGCACCAUCUGCUACUCGAAUGAACGGUGCCGGACCCAGCACGGCCACUCCAGCCUUCCCAUACAGUGCUCGCCACGCCCCUCCUCUCGAGAUGCGCUCCGUCGAACGUAAAGGUGACCCUGCGAGUCGCGAUCCACCUUCACGUGCCAGGCCAUAUGGAUUGCUUGAAGCGCCAACAUACAGACCGACCGAAGCAGAAUUUCGAGAUCCUAUGGAGUACAUUCGCAGUAUCUCGGAAAAGGCUAGCAAGUUUGGUAUAUGCAAGAUCAUUCCUCCAGACAAUUGGAAUCCAGAUUUCGCUAUAGAUACAGAGCGAUUCCAUUUCCGUACCCGACGUCAAGAAAUUAACCUCGUAGAAGGAGGAAACCGCACGAACCUCAACUAUCUCGAUCAGCUUGCCAAAUUCCACAAGCAAUACGGUGCUCACCUAAACCGCUUUCCAAGCGUCGACAAGCGUCCACUCGACCUAUACAAAUUGAAGAAGGCGGUCGAGGUUCGAGGUGGCUUCGAACGAGUUUGCAAAGACAAGAAAUGGGCUGAAAUUGGAAGAGACCUGGGUUACAGCGGGAAGAUCAUGUCAUCUCUCUCGACUUCCCUGAAGAAUUCGUACCAGAGAUGGCUUCAUCCGUACGAAGAAUGGUUGAAAUAUGCUAAGCCCGGAGUUCAAGAGCAGCUCCAAAACGACCAAGGAGGAUCAUUUUCACCUGCCGUCGCUCCUCAGCCUUCGACGAUGAUGCCGAUGAACUAUCCCCCACCACCUCCGCAAUCAGCUCCUCCUGCUCUAGGCAACGGUGAACCCAGCUUUCAACCGGUCAUGCCUCCAAAUGGUCCAGUCCAUGCUCCUCCUGCUCCUGCACAACAACCAGCAUUUAUGCCGGCGGCCACGCCCAUUUCUCAGCCACCAAUCGCACCUAUACCUCAGCCGCGACCAGUGUCCUCAUCUGGCUUUACAGCAGUAAAUAGCGGUUUUGCUGCGGUAAACAAUCCCGGAGGUUUCACCGCUGUCAACACCCUGCCGCCUCCAAUUGUGAAGAGCGAACCGAACGGUGUACCCUCUCCAGCUCCAAAUCAAGCUUCGUCGUUCUUGCCGGUCAACCCACCUACAGUCACCACAUUCCAUCCUGCAGGCAGUCCGGUCCCCAACGGACCCUCAAACCCGCUGAAGAGGACUAUGAGUCACGACAGUCUUGGAGACUCUGGUUCGGAGGGAUUGCAGGGCGAUGACGGUCCCAACGGAAGGAGGAGCAAGAGGCCCAAAAAGGAUGGAUUACCAACCAUACCGGGAAAUCAUGUGCCUGCGAUGCGCUCUGCUACACCUCAAGUCCGGUCAAAAUCGACACCACGAAGACAAGGUGAUAAGUGCGAAAAGUGUGGCACAUCUGACAACAGCGAUACUAUCCUCGCCUGCGACAGCUGCGACUUGGGAUAUCACAUGGCUUGUGUCGACCCACCACUGACCCAAUUUCCUGAACAUGACUGGCACUGUUCGAAAUGCUUGGUCGGAACCAAUGAUUACGGCUUCGAAGAGGGUAGUGUCUAUUCUUUGAAGCAGUUUCAGGAAAAAGCCCACAACUUCAAGGAACACUACUUCGGUGCACGUAUGCCUUUUGAUCCAGUCACAAAUACACAGCGACGUCCCACAGAAGAUGACGUUGAGCGGGAGUUUUGGCGACUCGUCGAAGACAUUACAGAGUCGGUGGAAGUCGAAUAUGGGGCAGACAUUCAUUCCACCACCCAUGGGAGUGGCUUUCCGACUGUGGAGAAACAACCUCUCAACUCUUACUCAAAAGAUCCUUGGAACUUGAACGUCAUGCCCUUCCUCGAAGACUCGCUCUUCAGACACAUCAAAGGCGAUAUAUCCGGCAUGACAGUUCCCUGGUUGUAUGUCGGCAUGUGUUUCUCCACAUUCUGCUGGCACAAUGAAGACCAUUAUGCAUACUCCGCAAAUUUUCAACACUUCGGAGCCACCAAGACGUGGUAUGGCAUUCCUGGAAGCCACGCACUUCGGUUUGAAGACGCCAUGCGUAAAGCUGUUCCAGAGUUGUUCGAGUCGCAGCCAGAUUUGCUCUUCCAACUGGUCACAAUAUUGCCACCUAACCAGUUAAGGAAAGCCGGUGUCGAUGUCUAUGCUUGUGAUCAGCGUGCAGGACAGUUCAUCAUCACGUUCCCUCAAGCAUAUCAUGCUGGUUUCAACCAUGGAUUCAAUUUCAACGAGGCUGUCAAUUUUGCGCCAGCUGACUGGGAGCCGUUUGGUGAAACCGGGGUCCAAAGAUUGCAAGAAUUCCGACGACAACCAUGCUUUUCCCACGACGAACUACUUUUCACGGCAGCCUUGGCGGAUACCACCAUCAAGACGGCUAAAUGGUUAGCACCGGCGCUGGAAAGAACACGAGAUCGUGAACUCAGCGACCGUGCUAACUUCAUCCACAAUCACAAGGCUCUUCGACCGCACGAUGACUGCAGUUUCGAUACUUUGGCUGAAGAACCAUCCGAAGCCUGUGGACUCAAGGUCAAAAUUGAGAACGUUGACCUGGAAGAGGACGAGUACCAAUGCUGCUAUUGUAAAGCAUUUUCCUACCUUUCACAAUUUCGCUGUCAUCAAAGCGGCAAAAUUAGCUGUUUACUUCAUCCACUGAAAGCGGACUGUUGCUCAGCUACGGAAAUGGAAAAGAUGCAAGGGCUAAACCACAGCCUAGUGCUUCGCUACACAAAUCAAGACCUACAGAAUGUCGUGCAAAAGGUCGUGGAUAAGGCAAAUGUGCCGGAGGCGUGGGAAGCCAAACUAGAAGCCCUGCUCAUGGAAGAUGCUCGACCUGCCCUGAGAGCAAUGCAUACUUUGUUGAGCGAGGGAGAAAAGAUCCCUUAUCCACUACAAGGCCUUGAUGACCUGGCUGAUUUUGUCAAGCGAUGCGACGAGUGGGUGGAUGAAGCCAAUCUGUACCUCACCCGGAAGCAACAGAAUAGGCGCAAGAGCGAGAAGACUUGGCGUCGUUCUUCUCUUCGUACGGGAAAAGCAGAUGACAAGGAUUCUGAGCCGCAGCUGACACUCGAGCGGAUGAAAGAAUUGAUCGAAGACGGUGAGCUGCUAGGUUUCAGCGCUCCCCAACUCGAAAAUCUGCAGGAGAAAGUCACUCUGGUUGAUGAUUGGCGGGCAAAUGUUAAGCGCAUUUUGUCCGGCGUCAACCAGGCAGGUCUAGAAGAAUUGGAAGCGUUGCUCGAAGAAGGACGUGGAUUCAUGGCGGCGAUGCCGGAAUUGACCAGUCUGGAGAAGAUUUUUGCGCGAACCCAAUGGUUGGAAGAAGCUCGACAGGUUCAGAAAGACGUCCACAGCAAGACUUUGGAUGAAUGUCGGGAUCUUCUGAAACGCAUCACGGAUCUGGACAUCCUGCCUCAAGUUCCGGAAGCGGUACAUCUGCAGGAAGUGGUAAGACAAGGUGAUUUCUGGGAGAUCAAAGCGAAGGAACUCAUGGCUGCGGAAGAUGUUCAUUAUCCGCAACUGGAGUCGCUGCAUGGACAAGUCCUUCAACAGCAAUUCCCUGUGAACAAAGAGACUCUUGAGCAGAUGGAUAUCAUAUUGGCCAAGAAUCGGGAGGCCAAACGUCAGAUCAUCACAUUGGUUGAGCGCAGCCACGAUCAGGAUUUCCGGAAGCGGCCUAUGUACGCCCAUGUUCGUGACGUUGUUAAGAGCUUCGAAGACCUCAAUGGAAAACCUCACGGUGCUGCCGACCUUGAGAAGGAAUUGCGACGCCAUGAGGACUGGAUGCGUAAAGGCAAGAAGUUGUUCGGCAAAGCCAACGCCCCUCUUCACAUUCUCGAACAGCAUAUGAAGUUUGUGGAGGAGAAGAACAGCUUUUGCUUCGAUCUCAAUGACACUUUCCGACCUCCUGUUGAACCUGCUUCGAGAGAAGCCACUCCCGCGGACGGACACGAGAAGGGACAUUUGGGCGAGGACGAGAAGCCGGUGUUCUGCAUAUGUCGACAACCUGAGGCUGGUCUUAUGAUCGAAUGCGAAAUCUGUCAUGAUUGGUAUCAUGCGAAAUGCCUUAAACUCGCCAGAGGUAAGGUCAAGGAAUGUGAGACGUUCACUUGUCCUAUCUGCGACUGGCGGGUCAAGAUUCCUCGCGAUGCAGCUCGACCGAAGCUCGAAGACCUCCAAAGCUGGCAAGAUGAAAUCCCAGAUCUGCCGUUCCAAGCCGAGGAAGAAGAGCUCCUUCAUCGGAUUGUCGACAAGGCUCAGAAUUUCCGCGAUUUCGUUGCACAGUACACUAACGGCAAUCAACUCUGCCGAACCAUUGAAGAGAUGCCGGAGAUGUUGUUCUAUUUGCGCAAGAUUGAAGGUGCCGAAGUUCUCCUUGCGUAUGAGACCAACGUUUUCCGACAAGAAUUGCACAAGUGGCAACCCAUUGCUCCUCAACCACCACCAAUCCUGAACCAGAGCAUGUCGACAAGAAAGCCACGACCAACCAAACAACAAAAGCUGAUGAAGGAGUUUGGAGUCGAGAAACCGGAAGAUCUCCCGCCUCAUCUGAGAACCAAAACGUAUGUGAGAAGGAAGACCCAAGAAUCGUUUGCAACAGGUCCGCUUUUGCCGAAGCCAUCGACGGAGUCUCCCUCGGCGCCGGGAUCAACGGCAAGCCCGGGGCACAGUCAUUCGGCAGGUAAUCCUAACACGCCCGGAACGACUCGGGUGCAAGAAUCAACUGGCAAUCCUGGACCUAGCGGCACAAUUGAACCUGGAGUCAUCGCGGGCUCGGUGCACUUCGAUAGAGCAUUCGCAGCCAGUGGGGACCCAUCGUUUCCAAACUCGCCGUCGCCGUUUUUCAGCCCGGCUGGGGACCAGCACCCUGAAGUGAUUCGAGACGCCGUGAUGCCCACGUUCCCAGCUGAGUCCUCCGCAGAUACCAGAAAUCACGACUUGGGUUUUCCAUCGUUUCGAAAUGUCGACGACGAUCUUCGAAAUGGUCUUGCAAAUGCGUCUCCCCUCGAGUCUGCUAUGGUCAGAGGAGGCUCACCAGCAGGCUAUGAUCCUAUAUUCACGGGCAUGACACCGCACGAUGCCGACGCAGGCAAUGAUCUCGUGCCUAGCUUGGAGCAUGAGAUGAGUCACGCCAGCGAAGCGCUGGACAUGAUUCGGACCGCCAGCAAUGACUCUGCAAAUGACAAUGCGGGGUUGGAAGAUGGGGAUCAUGUCUCGAAGCACUUUGACGAGUUUUUGACUGGAGACGGGCCGGAUUGAGUGGGCAACACAUGAAACUUGGCGUUCUGGCAGGUAGGAGAUCCAGCGAGCGAUACAUGAUCAUUGUUAUGACUUACCGAAAGCCUUAUGGAAUAUGCAUUGGUGUUGUGUGGGUUGAGAUUCGAUUGUACGGCCUAGUAUCAGGAUUCCAAAUGCGCUGGGGCUGGCUGUACCUUGCUUUCCUACAAAGGCUCUAGAAAGCCCUAAGGAUGGGGGCCAUGUGUAUGAGAUAUCAAAGAUCAGACAGAGUCAACAUGGUGGACAUGUAUUAUUUAUUAGCGUGGACUGGCAGUGAUGAAUCACCGCAUCUGCUUACUGUUCUUAGAAGGAAUAUCCCUCCAGGGGUCAGUCCCCGUAACUGAAGCUAAGCUGCAGAAUGGCGUCAACUGCCGAAUUGUGAAGAUGCCAAAAACUUUCAUCGCGC